AUGAGGUGCAGGAAACACCUUAACGAUUUCAGUAACAAUAUCGGCGUUUGCGCCUCUUGCCUCCGUGAACGACUCUUCUCCUUAGUCGCUGCUCAGGAACAAGAAAAUCGCCGGACAUCGGAGCCGCAACCGUCUCAACCUGUGUUUCCCCGUUCUGUAUCGCCUUAUGUUUGUCGCCGGAAAUCGGACAGCGGUGAUUUCAGCCACGAUAAGAGAUUAUCGGAACAGUUGUUCUUCUCUACUCCUCAGGUUAGGCCAACUACAGCCUUUGAUGUCACAGGUAGUGUCUGGAAGAGGAAAAAGGAUAAUAAACCUUUCUCCUUCUUGAGAAGACUGUUCAGAUCUAAAUCGGAUACUACCGAUUCCGUUUCGAAUCCACGAGAUUCGUACGCUUCGUCAUCUUCAUCUCCUUCCUGGUUUGCGUCGAUGUUAUCAAGCAAGCGGAAGAAGAAAUCGCGUUUGUUUUCUCUAGAUGAAUCUACCGGUCGAAACGGCGGUCGAACGAUGACGCGUUACCGAGAUCGUGGAAUGUCGCCGGUGAGAGGUUUAAACGGCGGUGUAGAUGAAGAAGAAUGGAGCGGUUACUCGUCGGAAUCGUCUCAGGGAUUCAAGCAUACGCCGCGUAAGGUGGCUCAAUCGGUUCGGCGUAGCGGCGUUACCGGCGUAGGACGGAUGAAUCACUCGUUAAACGUGUCUGGAUUGAACUUCUGUUUGAGUCCUUUGGUCCGUGCAAGCCCUAGCAGACAAUGGAGUCAAAAGGGAAUUCCAUCGGAAUUAGCGUUUUCCGGUGAGCUCAAGGUCCCGGCGGCAAAGUUUCACCUCUCAAACGCGAACGCAAACGCAAACGCGGCAUCGUUCAGACCAAGCAGAUCGCGGAAACUAGCCGAUUUUGGAAGGACGAAUAACAACCAUUAA